AACGCUCAGUUGCCGUGCGACCGUUGAAUGGCGCGCAUGUAUAACAUUCUCGCAUGUACAUUUGCUCAGUACAGAUAUUUAACUCAGACCUUUCGCGCCAACUGCCAAACUAUUUUAUUGUUAUUAUUUAUUUAGUUUGUUUUAUUGUGCCAGUCCACCCAACUGAGGAUCUUAAAUAAAUAAUUUUAAUUUGCAUUUUAUAUUAUUAAAUGCAAUAAUAAUUAUUAUUAAUAUUUUUAGUGCAAUUGGAGUGAAAGUGGUUGGUAAUUUAUUUUUUAACAUUCCACUGGAUACUGGAUACUUUUAUUUAUUUAUUUUUUUAUAUUAAUAAAUGAAUGUGCAGUGUGUGGUGUGACACCAAGAGUGCCAAUAUUUUGACGCAUGGAUAACAAUAUUGUGCUAUGAUUUAUGAUUUUUGGGAAAAGAGUGUGAUUGAUAUUCAAUACUAGAUUUAGUAUCGAUAUUGAUGAGAUUUUUAGCGAGUGGUGUAUGAUAGCCGUAAGUGAUAGAGCAGUGAUUGGGCAGACAAAAAAUAAUGAGGUACGAUAUCGUGCGGUGAAAUAGUUCCCUUUUUUGGAGUAUUUAUUUCAGUGAUUUUGUGAUUUUUGAUUUUUAUUUUCUAAUGCAAUAAAGAGAGUUUAUGUGCGGAACUUUUGGUUGGAUUUUAGCGUGCUCGCGCGUGCUAGUUACCCUCGUGAGCUGAUAACAUUUUUGCCACCUGUGCCAAGUGGAUUACUUAUUCCGACGUGGAUGAGAUAUUACCGCGGUCAUUUACGUCAAUAUGGAUACAAGACAGCUGUCUAGCAUCAUGCAACCCGCCUGGAUAAACAUAAUAAUCUUGCUCUUGUGCUACGCUCUAUCACAAGUGCAAGCAGCCGAGGAAAUCCAAGUGGACACGCACGAAGGGUCAACAGUGAUGCUGAAAUGUCGGUUCCCGCCAGUGCAAAAGAACGCGACGAGUUUCUGGCUGACUCACACGAACAACGUGCACGACAACGCCGCGAUCGAUGACAAGGCUCUGUCGCCGAACUACAACGUCUUCAUGGACCUCUCCCAGGGUAUCUACGACCUGAAAAUCCUGAAUGUGUCCUACGAGCGCAACAAUGGAAAAUACGAGUGUCGCGUGAAGAUGACCGGCAGUGGGGAGAAUCUUUUCCACCGGAACGUUACUUUGACGGUACUUAGAGCCCCAGGGCCUCCGUCGAUUGCACCAGCCUCUACCGCGGCUACUGAGGGCACGGAGCUCCAAUUACACUGCAACACCCACGGAGGCAGUCCUGAGCCGGAGGUUAAGUGGUACCGCGACAACAGUCAGCGGCUUCUUCACAGCGGACGUACGUACAAAUUUACACCGACCAAAGACGACAACGGGGCAAUAUUCCGGUGCGUAGUCCGAAAUCGCGCGAUGCCUGACGGCGAAACGCUCAAUGCUUCCGUCAGGUUGGACGUGAAUUACUUUCCGCGGGUGACAGUCGGCCCGGAAAAUCCUCUGAAGGUCGAAGUAAACGGCAAGGCCAUCCUGAAGUGCAACGUCGACUCCAAGCCGAAGGUGAACAUGGUCAGGUGGUUGAGGGACGGAAGCUUCAUCGCAACCAGCUUCGAGCACACCAUCCCCCGGGUUGCGAUCCAGGACGUCGGAAAAUACACCUGCGAGGCGAACAACGGGCUGGACAGAUCCGGACAAGCUUCUUUGUACCUGGACGUGCUGUACAAACCGAAGGUGACUAUCGAGGGCGAGUCCAUACGAGUUGCCGAGGUCGAAGACACGAUAACCAUCCACUGCAAUGUCUCCGCAAAUCCACCGGCAUCGAUUAUCGAAUGGACUCGCGAGGGUAGACCGGAAUUCCGUGAAUCCGGGCCUCUGUUGCGGCUGAAUCGCGUCACCGCGGAUCAUGCCGGGAAUUACACUUGCCAGGCAAUCAAUAUAAUGCAUCCUACGGGCGGUGAGAGCAAGAAUUACUCAGAUCGGGCUAGGGUUAACAUUCGCAUUCGCCACAAACCAGGACCCGCCAGAGUUACUCCAGACUCGCCGGUCGCGAUCGAAAACUCCCGAGUUAUACUGACAUGUAUGGCCAGCCCCGCGGGCUAUCCCGAGCCUGAGUACAAGUGGUGGAAGGAGGGCGACGACCAGGGCCAACAGAUGCCUAUUGAGACCACCGGACCGCAGUUUGUCAUACCUUCUGUCCAUCUAAUUAAUGACGGCACUUACAAAUGUCACGCACUUAAUGAAAUUGGAACAGGAGAAGCUGCUUCUAUUAAACUUACUGUCAAUCAGCCGCCCAAAAUUCUUACUAAACUUCAGCCUCAUGUCACUAGAAAAGUCGGGGAGUCAUCCUUCUCAGUGAUGUGUGUCGCCCAAGGAAAACCAAAGCCAACAGUUCGCUGGUUAAAAGACGACGAAGACUUAACCGCAGACACAAGCCUGUACAAAGUAGAAACGCGAGAGUCAUUAGGUCACGGAAACGUGAUCAGCGUGAACUCAACUCUAAGUUUCCUCGGUCACGCGCGUCCCCAAACUGACAAAAUAAUCGCUAGCGACCGCGGAAAGUACACCUGUGUCUUCAACAACGACGUGAAGCGCGUGGAGUCCCAGAUGAUGUUGAAGGUGGAACACGCGCCUAUAGUCCUUCACCGCCACAACAAAGUCGCCUACGACCUCGGAGGAACUGCCGAAGUGACCUGCAAAGUCCAGGCCUGGCCAAAGCCGGAGUUCCAAUGGAAGUACGGCUCAAACUCGGUUCCACUCCAAGGGUCAUCCAGCGACGGGCACUACGAAAUUUGGACCACCAGCGAGAACGACGACAUUUACACCUCAGUCCUGAAAAUCACAGACAUCAAAGAGGCGGAUUACAACAACUACAGCUGCCACGCGAUAAACGCCCAAGGAGUGACCACUUCAGUGAUAACCCUCCAGUCUAAAGGCGCUCCAGAAAAACCGACCGACCUCACGGCCUUAGAGAUUGGGCCGACUUACGUGGCCUUGCAGUGGGAAAUUGGAUUCGACGGGGGUCUAGAGAUCACCAAAUACUUUGUGUCUUAUCGGCGAAUUCCCAGCGAGGAUGAAACUAUCGCCCCGGAUUGUGCGUCCCCUCGCAGCCCGGCCGGUCAGUGGAUAGAGCGCGAUUGCCGACGCGCUAAUCCCUGCAAUAUCACGGACUUGGAGCAGCACCAGAAGUACACCUUUAAGAUAAAGGUCUACAACACCAAAAACCACUCGGACUAUUCGGACGAGAAAACUUUCGUAACGACAGUCGCUAAAAUUCCGGCGCCCAACCGUGUCACCUUUGAUCCGGAGAGCAGUAAUUUGGUGAUAAAUGUCGGGCCGACUUGUCUCGCGGUGGUCGCGUCUAUCGAAAGGCUAGACAAUGGACCGAAUGAGAUCUGGAAAAUCGUCGACGAGUGGCUUCUGGAAGUUCUUGGCAGCUCACCCACUACCAAAGAUGGGAUUCUCAACGACCCAGAUAUGUCGAACGUCGGGUCACGACUCAGAGUUAGACUCUGUCUGCAAUCGGACAAGCAGAAAUGCGGUGAUUGGACCGAAGCUGAAGUUGGACCGUCUUUAGUUCAAGCGAAUGCAAUAGCAACGCCAACAUUGAUCGCGAUAGUAGUCAGUGGCGCAGUAUUCCUCCUCUUUGCAGCUUUAUUACUUUUAUUCUUCCGAUGCAAAAGGAAGCACACUGCUAAAGCCAAGGACUACGAAAUGGAUUCCAGCGCGGUACGACCAAGUUUGGUCACUGGAAAUGGACAGCAGACCCAAGCUCCGCCACCCUACUAUUCCGAGAACAAAGCUCUUGAGCAUAGUCUGGAUCGGGCACUCGCUAUGGAGGACUCUAAAACACCUGCUUACGCUCAACCGGCUUAUAAUUGGCGUCAACCCAAUCAUAUCAACGGGGAGAAUGGUGUCAACAUGGGGUACUUGGACAACAGCUAUUCCAAUUCAAAUAACGGCGGCUCCGUAAACUCCCAGGACUCUAUUUGGCAAAUGAAGUCAGCCGCGGCGAACGCCGCUAAUCCCCCUUACGAUCUCGGUGGGUACGCUGCCACUGAGUCUGAUUACCCGGCCCACCCUCACUAUCUUCCGCAACGUGAGGAUUAUCGAGAGAACCACAACCUCAGUAGACAGCAAUUCUGCCCUGAGCCUUAUCCCAAUGUUGUCAAAUCACAGAAACAUAUCGAUUCCCCAUACGAUGUAUCAGGACUACCAUAUCAAGAAGCGUACGACGAGGAUGCAAAACCACCUCAACAAGUGAGCCUGUCCUACGACGAGAGCCUGGAGUCCGGAUACUCAACCCCCAACGGCCGACGGCCGCGAAUAAUAAGAGAAAUAAUUGUCUGAGAUCAGCCUACUGGCUCGCGAGCCAGUAAAUCGCGAACCACUUGGCUCUAGCAGCAGGCCCCCCACCACCACA